GUUGAUUAAUUAUGUAAGAAAAGAGAAAGGCCUCAAUUAAAAAAAAAACCCACUAAAAUCUACUCAAACUUGUUUCUUUCUCCCAUUUCUGCAAACCAAAACCAAACACAAACCCUCCUCGGCUAUCUCCCAUGGAAACCGCCCAAUCCCAAUCCCAAUUCUCAUAGAUUUUAUUAACAACCAACGGUUUAACAGUAAACUUUCAACAACAACAACAAGAACCACCAUGGAUGCGUACCAACAACAACAACAACAUAACUGGUACAUGAGACCGCCACCGCCGCCGCCACAACAACCGCCGUCUUCGGAUCCGUACCAGCAACAACAGCAGCUGCAACAGCCGCCGCCCAGGCCACCGGCACAUCCUCAGGGCUCAUGGUACCCCAACCAGAACCAAUACCAGUACCAGCACCAGGCCCCUUCAUCACACUCUCCCUCGCCUCCCCCACAGUGGGGCCCACCGCCACCUCCUCAUCCACACUCCGACCAUUACCCUCCUCCUGGUUCUUAUCCUCCGCCUCAACACCAUUAUCCUCCGCACCCUGUCCAUCAGAACCAGUUCGUUUCACCUCCUCCUCGGCCUCAGCUGGCUUCUUCACCUCAUUUUCCUCCUCCUCAUUCUUACCCUCAACCCAAUCAGGAAUGGGGGAAUCCUAAUUGGGCGCAUCAGCAAGGUUGGGAACAUCAAGUUGGCCAUAGUAAUGAAGAAGAUUGGGCUGCCAAGGCGAGAGCAUGGGCAGAUGCUAAAACAGCAAUGGAUAAUCAGCAUCAACAAUCUCAGCAUACAGCAGUUGAGAGACCGGAAGAUCAAAGCCAUUACCAAGACCAAUAUUCUCACUCUGUUCAGCCUCAUUAUGCAGAAAUGCAACAUCAGUCUAUGCCUACAUCUAACUAUCAACAGGUUCAACAGCCUCAAGCUCCAACUGCACCGUUUCCUCGGCCACCAUUAGCUCAGUCCUCACAGCCUCCUUCCGUCAGCUCUGAUUCUACUUAUGUUCCAGAGGGACAUCUUCACUCUGUUAGAGAUGGAACGCCACCUGCAGAUUCAAAUGCUAUGCUUCAACGCCAUGGAAAUCUACCUAUAAGUCCAUCUGUUCAUCAGCAGGAGGUACCUUCUAGUUAUUCUUCUGUUACAGGAAGCAAUGGGGUUAUUCCUUUUUCAUACUCGUCAUCUCAGCAAGGACAGCAGCAUAUGCAACCACCUCAGGCUAUGCCUCUUGCCGACCAGCCUUUAGAAUUUAUGCCCAGAUUCAAUCGUGACGAUCCACAUAUGCAGUCCAACUAUGCUUAUCAUGAUUCAGUUGGACCGGUAAGAGGGAUGGACACUGUUACCACAGUGCAUUCUAUGAACAGUUGGACAGCCCCUGUUGCACCUGGUGUGGGUUAUCCUCCUAUUGCUCCAGUUCUGCCGUCAGGGCCUCAGCAACACAAUCCUGCACUAGCUGUGCCUUCUUCUGUUUCUGGGCAUGCUGCACAUCCAUUUAGUAGUUUUCCUGUAUCAGGCCUUCAGCCAACUAUUCCAUCUGCUGCUCCCCCGUUUGCCCACAGUGCAGGAAAUUCACUUCACCCUUCAACAGCCUUUUCUGGUGAUGCCUACGGAAUUCCAAGUAUUUCUGAACGUCCUAAAAAGGCUUCAGUUCCUAAUUGGCUGAAAGAUGAAAUAAAGAAAGCAGUAAUCACAAGUUCGUCUAUGGAUCAUGCCAAGGAGGAGACACAAUCUAUUGAGGAUGAAGGUUUUGACAAUUCUGUUGGGAAGGGGGAGCAAGCGGAUAGCAAAAGCAUUGAUUCAUCUAGAUCAACUGAAGAAGAUGAGGAUGAUGAGGAUUAUGUGGAGGCAGCUAGAACUGCAGCAAUUAACCAUGAAAUAAAGCGUGUGCUAACUGAAGUUUUGUUGAAGGUAACUGAUGAGGAGUUUCAUGAGAUUGCAACAAAUGUUCUCAAUGAAGAUCCAACAGUUGAAGUUGAUAAGGAGAUUGUCCCCUCAACCUCAAACCACAGGGUAUCUCCAUCUCCGUCUACACUUCCAUCUAACAAGGCAACCACAAAGAUCAUAAUCCCGGGCAAAUCCAAGGAAUACGAGAGUGAAGGCGUUGAAAAGUCCAGUUUUAGUUCCCCUGGAGAUGUACUGGGUCUUGGCAGUUAUGCUACUGAUGAUGACGAUGAUGAUGGUGGUGGUGGUGAUGAAAUUCAGAGCCCUAGCUUGUCAAAUUCCAGGAAAAAGGAUCUUCGACAUUCAAAUUUUGAAAAAUCUUCAGAAGACAAGCAUGAUGUUGGUGCAAAUGGCAGUUCGAUAGCCCAAGCUGAAGAGCCCAACAAAAAGCAGAAAAUUUUGGAGAGUGAGACAAGUAAAGCGAUCUCAUUUGAGCCUAAAUAUAGUAACACUGAUGCUAUUACAAGUUCUAAUUCUGAUAAGAACAGAAAAAAUGAAAGUAAUGCUGGUGGAAGUGUACCAGAUGAUAUCAAUGUUUCUAGAUCAAAAAAUACAGUUGAUGUAGGUGGAUAUGACCUUCCUGAAGAUGAUGAGAAUGUGAUGAAAACAUCAAAAGAUAAUAACCAGGUUAGGCAAGUCAGGAUAAAAGCUGAAAAGAAUGAUAAACAUGACAGUAAGAGGAGUUCUACGAAAGGUUUUGAAAAGAAGGAAGAGAGUGAUAAGAGGACAGAUGGGAAGGGCAAUGGUAAUCACAAGAGGCAUGAUGAAAGGCACUCGAGGAAGGAGAAGACAGCUGAACGGAAAGGAUCUAAAGAAAAAACCAAAGAUCAAAGCAAUAAGCCCUUAGCGCCGGAAUCUGAGUCGAAGAAAAGGUCUUCUCAUGUUAAUACCAAGGAGGAUAGAAAAGAAACAGAGAGGCAACAUAAAGCUGGUGCUAAAGAAGAAAAUAACAGAAAGCACGAGCAUACCAGGGAAAAGGAGAGCGAGAGAUCAAGGCAUAAACAUGCUAGUGAUUCAAGCAGGCACAAGAGAAGACGUUCGACCUCUGUUAGUAGGGGUAGAAGCAGCAAGGACAACUCAGUUCACCGUGAUAAUGAUUCUAGUGAUGAAGCCUCUAAUGAUUCAAAGAGGAAGUUGCCUUCAAGGAGACGUAACUUGUCACGCUCCCCCUCACCUGGAAAGUCUAGAAGAAGACAAGUUUCGCGGUCUCCACAUAGCAAGCAUUCUCAACGCAGGCAUUCUCCCUACUCUUCUCUUGAUUCCAAAAGGGAAAAGAAAUCAAGGUCCAAAUCACCUAGUCGACGACGGAGAUGAUUGGAAAAAGGAAUGUUCCUCAGGUCCUACUGUAUGGGGUGCCCCGGUCAACAGCAAUAGAUAAAGAGAAAGUGAUGCUUCAGGUCAUAUCGAAUGUGAUAGCGAGUUUAUAUUGCAUCACACAGAAGCUGUGGCUACCAAGUAAUGUAGUAAAUUUUGGUUUAUCUCGUCUUUAAGGGUUUAACAAUUUAUAGUUGUGACAAGUAAUGUAUGAUGUACAAUCCGAAAAAAAGAAUCAAAAGGGGCUGUUGUUUUUCUUCUCUUGUAUUUUUAACUCCCUUUUUUAUGUGAACAUUUGCUGUUGAAAGUGGUCCUAAAACAGAGAUGUAUGCAUUCAUUGUCAAGUUACAAUAUGAUUCAGGCAACCAUUGGCCUUUUCCUGAAAUUGAA